AUGAAUAUUUUAAUCGAAGGUACAGCAAGUGGAGAUCCAGACCUUCACAUUGCUGACACGAUGGGGUUAGAAGCUUUAGAGGAUGAAAUGGAAGAACGUGGUGAAGACCCAGUUUCUGACGGAGAACAUAAUCACAACCAUCAACCGGUAACAACCACGACGGUAGAAAUCAAUAAACCACCUAGAAAAAAGACAGCAGCCUCCUCAAAGUUGAAUCAAGCAGCCGAAAUCAACGAAAAAAUGCUGAGAAUGGAGGCGGAAUUAGAGUCAUGCAAGGAAAAACUCUAUCAAGAAUAUAUGAACGAGAUCAUAAAUGAGAUGAAAGGAAUUCAGGAUGGCACAAGCCCAGAAUAUGAAGAACGAUUACAGAUGCUCAUUGAAGAGCGAGAUGCUACCAUAUUUAGAGCCAACACGUAUCGAGAAUAUUUGAUUGAAAUUUCUGAGAGAAUUUUUGAUGAAGAAGUAGCACAAGCCGAACAAGAUUAUGAGCGUGAACGACAAGACUUGAUAGAAAAGCUUUUGGCUGAUGUUGAAGAUAGACGAAGAAGAUUAAAGGAGGAACAAGCCAAUUACGAUUUAAUGCAUGAUUCGACUUUCGAAGCAAGCACAAGACAAAAUUCACGUAAAUUACGAGAACGAAUUGGCAUCAAGGAGGUUGAGCCAAAACCAAAACGACCAAAAGCAUCCGUAAAAGUCGCACAUGAUGAAUACAUUAGUGACUUGGCCGAAAUGUGGGAUGAUCCUUUGAAUCCCUCAAAGAAAUCUGCAUCAUCUCACAAGAAAAAGAAUGCUUAG